AUGGGGACAAGCAACAUGGGCAAUGAAGGGAGCUCAGCCGCAAGCAACGAUGACAGCACGGUGGAGGAGGAAGGCGGCCAGGACAUGACCAGGGCCGGCGACUCGUCGUCGUCAGUGCGCCCCUAUGUUCGUUCCAAGAAUCCCCGCCUCCGCUGGACGCCAGAGCUCCACCACUGCUUCGUCCGCGCCGUGGAAAGGCUCGGCGGCCAAGAUCUUGCAACUCCUAAGCUGGUCCUUCAGUUGAUGAACGUUAGAGGGCUUAGCAUAGGCCAUGUCAAGAGCCAUCUCCAGAUGUACAGAAGCAAGAAGAUUGACGAUUCCGGCCAGGUCAUCAUAGGUCACUUGCAACAGGGAGGACAAGUCUAUAACUAUGCUCAUCUCCCCUUCCAUCAUCGUGUCAGUGGUGCCGGUACAAUGCUCUCUAGGUUUGGCACUAGACCAUGUCCUCCAUCGAGGGGGAGCUGGCAUGAACCAUACUGGCUCCAUGGCCACCGUUUACUUGGAUCAAAACCAUACUAUUCAUCAUCAGCAGCAGCUCAUCAUGACGAGGCUCUCCUUAGAGCACGUGCUCAACAUGUAUCUGACUAUAACCCAGCUUUGAUAGUCCAAGAAUCCUCUUCACCGAGAAAUGAUUAUCACGCCAUGAAUCGCUACCACUAUGAAAGACGGCCGCUGCAAGCUGCUACGACGGAGGACAACGAUGAUCAGAUCCAUGGUCGUGAUAUAAACCUGGAUCUCUCGCUCGAUAUCGGUGGUGGACAGCGGCUAGAGAUGAAGAGCAAGAGAGGCUGCACGAGAUGGGGGAAACAAGCAGAAGAAGAUGAUGACGAUCAGGUUGAUGUCAAUGAAGAAUUGAAGAGCACUGCUACUAGACUGUCUCUAUCCCUACUCUCUCCUAGUCCUAUUACUCUUGAUCGAAAGGGGAGUAGUGCUAGUGAUCAUGCACUAGGUCUAGAUGUCAAUGUGGAUAAGAUAGGGAAAGUGCAAUAUGCAAUCAGGGCAAGCACUCUUGAUCUCACCAUAUGA